UAGAAAGGUUGAUUUUUCGCAGAACCUUCUAGGACCGGCAGAACCAUGGGACAACACGUUUCCCGGACGGACUUCGAGUGGACGUAUACGGAGGAGCCGCACGCUAGCCGGCGGAAGCUGAUUCUGGAGAAGUACCCACAGAUUAAGAAGCUGUUCGGUUACGAUCCGCAGUUCAAGUGGGUAGCGAGUGCCAUGGUCCUAAUGCAGCUGGCCAUGCUGUUUGUGAUGAAGGACCAGCCGUGGAAAAUAAUAUUUCUCACGGCCUACUGUUUCGGCGGCGUGAUCAAUCACUCGCUAAUGCUCGCCUGUCACGAGAUCGCACAUAACCUGGCGUUUGGACAUGCCCGACCACUGGCCAAUCGGUUGUUUGGCUUCUUCUGCAAUCUCCCGAUCGGCCUACCGAUGUCGGUGUCAUUCAAAAAGUACCAUCUGGAGCACCAUCGCUAUCAGGGCGACGAGGUGAUUGAUACGGAUCUGCCAACGUACCUUGAGGCGCAGCUUUUCUGUACCACGCUCGGCAAACUGUUCUGGGUCUGUCUGCAACCGUUGUUCUACAUCUUCCGGCCACUCAUCGUGAACCCCAAGCCGCCGCAAAGGCUCGAACUGGUCAACGGUGUCAUUCAGCUCGCCUUCAACACGGUGAUUGUUUACUGCUUCGGGUGGAAGGUAAUGGUGUAUCUGAUCGUGGGGUCUCUGCUGGCGAUGGGCCUCCACCCCGUGGCCGGUCACUUCAUCUCGGAGCACUACAUGUUUGCGAAGGGCUUCGAAACGUACUCCUACUAUGGGCCGCUCAACUGGAUCACGUUUAACGUCGGGUACCACAACGAGCACCACGAUUUUCCGGCCGUACCCGGACGUCUGCUGCCGGAGGUGAAGCGGAUCGCUCCGGAGUUUUACGACACCAUCCCGCAGCAUACCUCCUGGACGCGUGUGCUUUACGAUUUCAUCACCGAUCCGUCCAUUGGGCCGUACGCUAGGAUCAAGCGUAAGGCCCGUGGACUGGACUCCUAAGCAUUAUAUUACCCACUCAGGUGUGACGAACAUCCUACGCUAGGGCGGUAAUAUUCAUAAAACAAAGAUGAAACGGUCUUAGGGGUGUUAAAGGUCUUGGCGAAAAAAAUCAGCACACAAUUGGGCGUGAAGUUUGACGACUGCAGCGGGAUGCAUACAAGUAUUGUUGAGAAGAUAUUACGAUAACACGUUGCGUGGCGGAGAGCACGGUGCACUUGAGAAGCUCAAGUGUUUGAUUUUAGUUUAACGAACAAGCCUUGCGAUUAUUCAAGCAUGAGGCAGCAAAGCUAAGGGCAUGUUUGGUAAUUGAUUUGCACUGUUUAUUUGGCUCAGGAGACGUGUCAGCGUGGCCUGGGAAGCAUUCUCGACACCCGGUGGACUGUGUGCGAGGCUAAAGAAUGUAUCGUUUUAUGAUUUGCACCAACCGUUACCUCAAAAGCUCUGCGCACUCGCAUUCAGCAAGCAAGGAAGAUAAUACGACUUCUGCUAGAGUAACUUCAGCCACGGUUGGUUCAACGCCCGGGUUGCUCCACGGUCUGUAACUGCAGCACGAGCACCCGCGUCACACUGAUUAGGAUAGGAUAAUGAAUACUAAAACUGUUAGCUAUACAGGGAAGCACCGGAAAACCGUGUGACUUGUUUUGUAAUGCGCUUUACAUGUACGUGUCGUGUUUGUGUGGAUUGAUUGUUGUGUACGAAGAACUAGUGGAUUUUCCAACCGAACUCUGAAUAUACCGAGCUGAGGUAUACCUAAACAAAAAUAUACUAAAUUUACAACGGUUGCUUACGAAGGAGAACGGCUACCGGUGGCCGCAGGCCCGUGUUGGAUGUCAAAAUGGA